CCCCACAGUCAAGCAUACAUUCACUCGGAUGACAUACAGUCUGUGUCAACAGCAUGGUGUUCCGACUUUGUCUCUGUGUAGCAUUGUUGUGUGCUUGUGGAUAUGCUAACAUAUCCGGUGACUACUGUCAGGUUCUGGACAACUACGACACCUUUAAGUCAUCCAUGGACAACUUUCUGGCUUCCAGGGAUGAAACCUGUGGGAACACGGACAUGCGCAGUGAUUGCAGGAGCAUCCUGAACGAGUUUCCCGAAGCUGAAGACGGAAUUUACCGGAUCAAGCCGACAGAUGGGAAGGGGUCAUUUCUGGCCUACUGUGACAUGACCCAACACGGUGGAGGAUGGCUGGUUUUUCAAAGGCGACAGGAUGGAUCAGAAGAUUUCUAUCGAACCUGGUUUGAAUACAUGGAUGGAUUUGGAAACCUCACAAGAGAAUUUUGGCUUGGAAAUGAGAAGAUACACAGACUGACGAAGCAGAAAACCUAUGAGCUGCGGAUCGACCUGGAGAGCAAAUCGGGAAGUCACUUCUAUGCCGAGUACAACAGCUUCCAUCUGGGCAGCAUGUCUGAGUUCUACACUCUGUUCGUGGGGAACUACUCAGGGACGGCUGGAGACUGGAUGUUGUAUAAUAACAACAGCAGAUUCAGUGCCAAGAACCUGGAUCUGGAUGCCGACUCCGGGAACUGUGCUGUUAGUCGUGGAGGGGCGUGGUGGUACAAGAGCUGCACCCACUCAGAACUCAAUCGGUUCUACAACAAAACACUUCGCUGGGAUGGUUUGUCAGGUGUAACAUCUUCAUCCAUGAAAAUCAGACCUCUCAACUAAUUCAUGAUUGUUUGGUUUCGUUAUUUCCGAAAUGUAAAACACAAACCUAUCCAUUUGUAUAAUUAGCGUGAAUAUAUAUCUUGUAGUUAAGUAGCAAAUCGUAAUUUGUCAAUCACUCUCACACUCUCAAAGGAACUGAUAAUGUCAUGUUUUGUGUUUGUCAUACCAGUUACUAAUUUUUAGGCCCAAGUGGUGCACGAUCCUGUAGAGGUACUAGUUUCUAGUUCCGUGUUUGAAGUAAGAUCUAAAAGCUGAACUCGCACAUUGUAUUACUUUAUACAAGAACCGUGUGUUGUUUAGACUGCUGACACAUUUCGAUAAAGGCACGAUUGAAAGGACGAACACUUACAUUAUGAUUUUGUAGACUUACACAGUAAGAGAAAACACGGUUUAUUUAGUCCACUAAUGUGUUCUAAGAAACGGGAUUAAGAUAAGAAGUGAUUUUUAUUUUAAACGUAGGCAACAAUUCCUCCCAACUGAAUAAACCCAUUUCCUUUA